AUGCAGGUUUUAAUUGAAAUUGCAACUUGGACUCAUAACAAUCAUGGACUAUUCGAUUAUGAAUCUAAAGAAUUAAAGACAUCUAAAAUUAAUGUAAAAAACACAACUAACUUAAUUUUAAAUGGUACAAUAUAUAAUUUAUAUUAUAACAGAAGAUAAUUCUGACACAAUAAUCUAAUCUGAUAAAUUAUUUGGAGAUUGUAUAGGUUCAAUAAGUUUUGAAGACAAUGCUAUAUGUAAAUAGAUAAUAAUUCAUUUUUAGAUUUUAAAAGUAAUUCAGAUUAUUAAGAUGCAUAUGUGAAAAUAGAUCCAAAAUAAAAAUAAUAGUUAUUAGUCGGUGAUCUUUUUAAAUUUGGAAGAAUGUAAAAGUUACCCUAAAUACAAGGGAAUAUUUUGUAUCCGAGUUGAACAAUGGUGAUAAAGUAAUGAUGGCCCAAGAUCAUUAUAAUUUAGAAAGACAUAUUAAAAUAUAAAAGAAAAAAGACCCAAGAUAAUGUAGAUUUUGUUUAAUGGAUGAUUAAGAAGAAACAGAAGAUCCAAAAAAUCCAUUUCUUUAAGAUUUAUGUAGUUGUAAAGGAUUAAUGGCAUAUGUACAUUUUGAAUGUCUAAAAUAAUGGGUUAAUUUUCAAAAUCGAAUUUCAUGUAAAUAAACUUAAAAUACAGUUCAAUAUCAUUGGAAUAAAGUAUUAGAAUGUGAUGUAAGUUAUUUAUAUUUAAGUAGGUUUGUAAAGAUCCCCUCCCUGCUCGUGUUUAUAUUGAAAAUUAAUCAGAACCUCUUUAAAUGAUUCAAGUUGAGAAAUUAGAUGGUCCUUAUAUUAUUUUAGAAUAAAUCACAAGACAAGAGAGUCUCUCAAAAAGUUUGACAUUUAUGCAUGCUUUUGGGACAUGUUCUGUAUCAAUUGGUAGAGGACAUAAUAGUGAGAUCAGAUGUCAAGAUAUCUCAGUUUCAAGAAAUCAUGCCAUUAUCUCAUAUGAAAAAUACUGGUAUAUAGAAGAUUAAAACAGUAAAUUUGGUACAUUAAGAAUCAUUCAAAAUAAACUAAAAUUACUAAAAGAAGUUUAAGAAAUAUAAAUUGGAAGGGUUUUAUUAAAAAUAAAAAUAAUUUGA